AUGAGCUCGAUGGCUGAGGGCAGCGAAGGCUGGGCACGGGAGGAUGAGCUUGACCUGGGCCAGGAGGCAGACGAAACCCAACAACUUGACCAUGAUCCCAUCGAUCGACGGCGGCGCUCCCCGCAGGAGUCAGGCGAAGAGGAGGCCCUGGCCGAACUCGAAGAAUUGGACACGAUAGAUAAUGCGCAGGACCAGGCGUCAGAGAGAACGGUCCAGCCCACAGACGCCGGUCUUCCCCAAACGCCGCCCAACAGACACUCCGAGUUUGCAGGGGCCGUAGGGAGCCUGGAUGGAGCAUCCUCAACCCCGGACGACUCGCCGUCCCUUCAUGUCAGUGCUGCGAUCGGGGGUGCGCCCGCCCGCCCCAGACUGUUCGCUAAUCGAUCGCAGGGUUCUGUAUUGUCCUCGCAGAGUAGUAGCGCUCUAGCUCCGAGAAACUCGCCCCGAAUCAGUCCCAGCCCAGGCCAUCGUCCGUUCGACCUCCGCUUCCAAUCCCGUCUAUCUUCAUCGCCUCUCGGCGUCUCAAGAACUGGCUCGCCGUUCCUGGCGCAUCUUCAUUCUCGACAAUCGUCCAUCACAAGCCAGCUCUCUCCCACCCCCGAAUCUGACCGUGAGACAUCUGCGAACCCCUGGGAUGUUGUGCGUUGGACGAAAUUACGAAAGAUCACCGGACAGGCAUUUUCAGAAAUUGGAAAGCGCAAUUUUGGUCGACCAACCUGUUUAACAGUUUCAACGAGCAUCAUGAUUGGCACUUCCAAGGGGAUCAUUCUCGUCUUCGACUACCAGCAAAGUUUGAAAACCAUUAUUGGAACAGGGACGAAAGCUUUAUCUGCUGACCAUUCGACCGUGGCUGGGGGUCAUGAUUCGGGGGAUAUUUUUACCUGGGAAAUCGCGCGGUCUGCAAAACCGUUCCUCCAUAUCCCGCCAAUCCCGGCGAACCAACUUGAAAUCCGGGUUUCUGAUGGCCACAUCGCGGGAUCUUCAGUGAUUCAUAUUGGGUUUCUCGGGACUCGCCGUACGGCGGUCGUCUCGGCAGAUACGAGAGGAAUGGCAUUUUCACAUUUGGCAACGCGAGGCAUGGGUGCAGUCGGGCGCACGGUAAAAACAUCUCGGGUCCUUGGCCGGUAUCCGCCAACUGCGCCGGAGGAGCGUCGACGAAAGCCCAGUUCCGUCUUGGCCUUCUCGCCGCUUCCUCUCGGCAACGUCGAACAACCAUCGGAUUCAUUAGGACUUGUUGCCAUGCUGACACCUUAUCUUCUCGUAAUUGUGUCGACCACCCCAGUCGCACAAACUCAGCAUAAAACGCCGCGUCCAAAAGAAGUCCCGGCCCACAGCGCCAUGACGGGAGCAUUGGCUUGGUUCCCAGCCAUUCGGCUGAAAGGAAAAGAUAGCCAAACUUCAAAUACAAAGCUCGUCUACUGCUGGUCCAACGUCCUGACUGUUCUUGAGGUUUCGGAGGCAGAAGCAGAAGAGCCCAGUGACAAAGACAAGCCACCGAGUCUGUUAUUCAGAGCGCGCAGCAGAUGGAAGGCAGAUGAGGCCAUCGUGGCUGUUCAAUGGCUGAGUCGGUCUGUACUAGCGGUAUUCACCAUCACCCAACGACUCUUGAUCCUCGAGGACUAUUCCAUGCACGUGACGGAUUCUAUUGACCUCGCAUUUCGACAUAUAUACCAUGUCGACCUCUUUUCAUCACAGCUUCACAACCUGGUCGAACAGCUCGAUGAAAACGAUACCUCCAUGCACGGUGUUGUAGCAGACGCGUUCUAUAUGAGUUUCCGUGCUUACAAAGGACGAUUGUUCCUGCUCGGUUAUAACGAGGCUCUUGUCGGCAGCCUAUCAAAUUGGGCUGACCGACUUCUAGCUCUAAUGGAAGCUGGUGAUUUCAUUGGUGCUAUACGACUAGCGACUUCCUACUACACAGGCACUGCGGAAAAACUUACAGUUGGCCUUCCUGAAGAAGACAGUUUGAGACAGCCCAUUGUCCAAGAGAAACUCCUAGAGAUGAUAUCCGCGUCUCUCAAGUACGCCUUUGGCCGCAACACCGAGGCGGACAACGAACGUCUAGGGAACCCGCAGCUUGAGGAACUAGCUGAGGUAUCCAUUGAUGCCUGCAUAUACAUGGCAGACGAGGGGUUUCUUUGGGAGGAAGUCUUCAUUUGGUUUGAAGAGAAUGAUUCCGCAGGGAUAUUCCUGGACGUUCUCGAACCACGCAUUGUUGAUGGUGUCAUUCGCUCGCUUCCUCCUACCGCAGUGAAAGCUCUGAUCAAUCAUUUCGUCAAAACCCACUCUGCUGGCCGGCUUGAAGAGAUCAUAUGUCUUCUUGAUACUACGACAAUGGACAUUGAUCAGGUGACCAUAUUAUGCAAACAAUACAACUUGUAUGAUGCAUAUAUUUACGUUUGGAACCGCUGUUUAGCAGAUUACGUGGGACCUCUGGAGGAUCUUAUACAAUUUAUUCCCACCGAGACGGAGUCUCUGGCCAACGGGGACUACGCCGUCGAGCUGAGACGGCAUACGAACGCGAUGAAAAUGUUUCCUUACUUGUCUUUUGUUCUCACGGGCCGCGUUUACCCGACUGGCGAUGAUCUCGAUGAAGUCGAAGCAUCACAGGCCAAACUCGCCUUGUAUCAAUAUCUCUUCUCGGGCCAUCGGUCUGGCACAGGGCCCAGCGCUGUUUCUGAAGAGAUCGAUUCGUUCUCGCAGCUUCGAGCGAUUCUCAAGUUUGAUGCUUCGAGUUUCAUGAGCAUGCUCAAUGAAGCAUUCGAGGACAGUUUCCUGAACGAGCCUGAUUCAGAGGAUGGCCCGACCGCAGGUGCAUCAAUUAACCGACAGUACCUGAUCAGCAUUCUGCUUCAGGUAAUGGAUCCGUCCGCAUUUGCCGCCACUGAUAUCAUUUACUUGGAUAUGUUUGUGGCUCGCAACCUUCCCAAAUAUCCGCAGUACAUCCUUCUUUCUGGCACAACUCUUCAUGAGGUCCUUGUCCGGCUGUGCAAGUACCCGGAAGAGGACAUGGCAGAUGAUUGCGAGUUGAGUACUGAGUACUUACUUUCUUUCUACCAUCCGGCAGACAUUCAAAGCAUGAUACCCUUGUUUAGAGAUGCUCGUUUCUUCCGGAUCCUCAAGUCGACACGCCGCUCCGAGAAACAAUAUCCGCAAUGGAUCAUGACAUACCUCGAUGACCCAAACGACAAAGAAUCCAUUUUUAGUGCUCUUCAGGACUGUCUCCGUUCCGGUUCCGGUCUAGGAAAGAAACAAAGAAGGGAUGUUGUUGAUGUGGUGAAAGAACAUGCCGGGCAAAUUGCCGCCAUUGAUGUGAUCAGGACUGCUCAGACGAUGCAGGAACUGAUCCCCGAGGUUCAUUCCAGGUUCCUCCAGGUACUAGAGACGGAUAAUCACAAACAAUACCAGUAUCUCUUGGUCCUUGUGGAGCCUCAGAGCAAGAGCGGAGAAAGUCGACGUCUUCCAUCGGUGGAGAAUUGGAUGAUUGAGCGCUACGUGCAGCUUCUAUGCAAGUACAAUCCAUCUCACGUCGCGGAAUUUGUUGAUGGUCUACGUGCUGGUGAUAUUUAUCUGGAAGCACUUCUUCCUUCCAUUGAGGAAAGUGGUGCCAUUGAUGCAGCUGUUAUUCUACUUGCGCGGCAAGGCGAGGUGCGGCCAGCCCUGAACCGUCUCGUCACACACUUGAGUACCCUCGAGUCAGGCCUAGUGGGUAUCAUCCAUAGUAUGAGCGAGGCUCCAGACACGGUCAGCACGACCGAGGCAGUCGACGACCUCUUGGAGUCUCUGAACAAGUAUGCAGGAGUCGGGACCUGGCUUUGCCAGGGCCAGACCAAGACAGCCAAGCAGAGCCGUCCGGCUACGAAUGGCCAUUCGGGCGCAUCACCACUUGAACAGCCCUUGGACUUUGACGAGGGCCUUUGGCUGGACCUCAUCGAGGCCGUGGUUCGCAUCGCCAGCAAUGUCUUCGCGUUGAUGCGGGACCAUCAGCUUAAGGACGCCGCGCAAGCCCAGACUGACUCACCCCUGGGUGGCGAGAGUGGUCGGUUGACGACAUCUUUCCGAACCUUGGUCCAGCAGGUGUUUUCUGCUUUGUUGGCCAGCACUGUCAAGGGUGGCACCCCUUCGAUGGGCGAACGAACCGACCUAUCCUUCCUUCGUAUCCUCCGGUCGUUCCUGACUCGGGCCGCUAGCUGGUCACCUUCUCUGCUCGAAUUACGGGCCGUUCUCGCCUCAUUCUUCUCCGCCUACUCCUAUGAAAAGUCGCUCCUGACCCUGGCUAAUGGCAUGCUCGAUCGCGACUUGUUCGUGCAUGUGGACGAGGUCACUCGGCUGCGGCAGCAUGGGUGGCGCCCUCGUGGACAAGUCUGUGAAGUGUGCCGGCGACGGAUCUGGGGUCCUAAUGCCGGCUCUCUAUACUGGGCCGCGUGGGAAAAGAAUCAGCACGAUGAGCACCAGCGUCGCAUCGCCAAGCGUCUCGAGGAGGGUCGUGAUCCGGUCCUGGAGCGGGGCAAGGGCAAAGCCGCUGCCGUGGCAUCGAGUCAGCCGCUACAUCUACUAGCUCAACGUAUCGGAACGAACUCUGUCGAGCAUGAGCACGAUACUCUAGAUGGAGAUGAAUCAGGGGCCAGUGUGCCCGGGUCGCUCGAGCAGAUCCCCCUGAACCGGUGGUCGUUUUCUCGUGCCGGCAUCUCUAUCAUCGCCAGUGUGUUCUAG